CACAUGUUCACACGGAAACCUGAACGCACACAGUUGAAAGACGAAGGGAGAGGUUUAGCCCUUGGACUUGAUGUACUACUGCAGAUUACUUUUCUACUUCCUUUGACUGGAGCCCUGAACUUCAGAGGAAAAGCAAGAAGCUGUUGGCUAAGUAAUGCCUUGGUGGAGUUCAUAAGCAGAGAACACUAUGGCUUCACAGGAUCAGAGUGCAGGGUGCCUGUUAGUUCAGGAAGAGAUGGACGGUAUCUGUGUUUUACCAGACAUGACCAGCAUCAAAGCGGAGCACCAGGUGGGCGGCAGUGGAGAGGACGGGGGAACUCAGAAUGUGGCCAUGGGCAUAAAGUUCAUCCUGCCGAAUCGUUUCGACAUGAACGUGUGCUCCCGUUUCGUAAAGUCCCUGAAUGAGGAGGAGAGUAAAAACAUUCAGGACCAAGUGAACUCUGACCUGGAGGUAGCAUCUGUGCUGUUUAAAGCUGAAUGCAACAUUCAAACGUCUCCAUCUCCUGGAAUUCAAGUAAGACACGUCUACACACCAUCAACAACGAAACACUUCUCUCCAAUCAAACAGUCCACCACCCUAACAAACAAGCACCGGGGCAAUGAAGUCUCCUCCACUCCCUUACUUGUGCACUCUCUGUCCGUUCACCAGCUUGCGGCCCAAGGGGAAAUGGUGUUUCUUCCCAGCCGUAUUGAGCAAGAACCCGUGAUCAACCUGCAGGACGAGGAGGGCUUCACUCCACUCAUGUGGGCUGCAGCUCAUGGACAGAUUGCCGUGGUGGAGUUUCUACUUCAGAAUGGCGCAGACCCUAAUGUCCUAGCAAAGGGACGGGAGAGUGCACUGUCACUUGCCUGCAGUAAGGGGUACACUGACAUUAUGAAAAUGCUUAUAGACUGUGGUGUGGAUGUAAAUGAGUAUGACUGGAAUGGGGGGGCACCUCUCCUGUAUGCUGUACAUGGGAAUCACGUUCGGUGUGUGGAAGUCCUCCUCGAGAGUGGAGCAGAUCCAACCCUGGAAACUGACUCUGGAUUCAACGCAAUGGACAUGGCUGUGGCAAUGGGGCACAGGAACGUUCAACAGGUGAUGGAAGCCCACCUGUUGAAGCUUUUGCAAGGUGUCACAGAAUGAAAAGGACCAGGGAAGCGAGGUUUAAGUUGCACAUAUACAAUGUGCACGUGCUGCAGACAUCAGGGAGAAGUUUUGCAUGUUUUUUGUGUUUUGGAUAUCGAUUUCAAAGAUGGAUAGUUUUUCAUUAUGUGACUUCUGCUUGUAGUGCAGUGUAAAGUUGAUGUCCCCUUCAAAAUGUCUGAAACAACCAUUUGUGAAUAGUGGUGGUUUUUAUUUUUGAAUGAGUAGUUUGUCUACCAGACAGCAGGCAUCUUGAGUGUUAUUAAGAGUCUGCUCUGCAGAGGCUGUCACAAAUUGGAAUUAUUUUGCCUUGCUAUGAUUUUUUAGUGAAAUCAGUUCAAGAUGGGUAUGCUGCUUUUGCUGUUUCUGAAAGUUGUUGUGUGAAAUGUGAACAUCAAUACUUGCUCUACAUUACUGAAUUAUUUAUUCCUGCAUUGAUAAGUUGGCGGAUUGCCUGAUCAGUGUAAGAGAUGCCACUGGAGCAGGGAUGAGGGCUGAUCCCUAGUGGAUUCAAGCUCUCUUGUAUUUAUAAGAGUGUUUCUGUAGUUGUAAUUCAGAGAUUGUGUCAUACAGUAGUACUGAUAUCAGGAGUGACCUGUUACCGUUUGCUUAAUUUAUUACCUAUGUUACAUAUGCAGGUCACAAUUGUGUCAUGUUUUAUUUCAGAUUUUAUCAUAGAAGGCAAGUUAGGUGGGUUUCUCCUUACCUCACAAUGAGUGACGUGGAAUAGAAAACCAGCCAGUGUAUUUGGCAAUUGUAACUAAAAGACAGCAUGCUUAAUACAGCUUGUGUAUCACUAGUACUGUGACUGUAGGUUUUGUUUUUAUGAUUUACCAGACAUGCUGACGUUCACUAAAUUACCCAAUACCCGAAACCUUACUUCUACAAAACAGCAGGCUUUUGAGAUGCCAGUGAGCCUUGUUUUAAUAGAUACCUCUUUGUUACAUCUUUGUUGUGUAUAAAAACGAUCAACUGUGAGCAAGAGGUGUGUCAUAUAAAACGUUCAUCUGGUUUUAUUCUGUACUGGGGUUGUACGCUUUUGAAAUAAAUGUACAUUUUCUCUCAU